AACCCAGGGAAUGGGAUCAGAUUUCGGAGCUGGCUUCAUUUCACACUAAUAGCCUCCGCAAGCUGCAACACAUGCAGAGCUGAUAAAGAUGCAAGCAAACCUCUCUGACAUACCAACAGGAGAUAUCUGGAUUGUAAGUAACGAUGAGGAAGAGGGUAACGUUUGUGGAGCAGCUGAAAAAAGACAGUCGAUUAAAAAAUGGAAGUGGUCACAUCUUAAUGAGGUCUGCAGAGUCUAACAAGAGAUGCACAGAUGGUUUAGAGAGUCUACCCAGUCAGCAGGUGAGGAAUAUAUACAGAGGAACGAACAUGAAUGUGUCUGCAGGCGACCAGCACAUGAAGACGAUACACAUCCCCAAAUCUAUGAUGUCUGCACCAUUCUUACAGCAUCCAGCGCUCACAGCCGGACAGAGACGCUACCUGUGCAGCAUAGCAAACGUUUACAGCACAGAGCGCAUGAGGCAGCAGAUGAAGCAGCACUAUCUCAACGUGCUGCACACAUGCGUUCAAUCAGAUCAGAAUCCCACCUGCAGAAGGAGGUAUGGAGAUAAUCGGCAUAGAGAAAACAGUACAUUCACAAAGGAUGCAGACAAGGAUGUGACAAGGGCGAAGCCUCAAGGACAGAGGAGGGGCAACAGCAGCAAUACAGCAAAUUCUGAUGUUAUAUUACCAAAAAUAAUCAACAGAUGACAGAUGAUGGCAGAUGCUCUCACUAUUUCUAAGGCUUUCAUGAUAUAAUAAUAAAUAUUUAUGUUGAUCUUUGAAUCAGCAUCUGUUUUACUAUACCACUUUUACACAGACAUGUAUAUUUCAGAUAUUAUUAUAUAUUUAUAGAUGUCCUGUUCUUGUAUUCUUAAUCAGGCUAUUCGCCAGAAUAUAAUAAUAAAUAUUAUAUUGAACCCUGAUCUCUU